AUGAAAAACAACGACACCCUCGCCCUCAUAAUCAUCGCCUACAUCGUCUUCACAAUUCUCAUCUUCGUCGCCGUCUUCCAUUUUGCACGAUCUUUCUUCGGCGCGACAGUUGCCAAGAGCUCCUCAUCAUCUUCAUCAGGAUCUUCCUCCAGCUCAAGCUCAUCAUCAGGCAGCAGCUCUAGUGACAGCAGCUUUAGCCACUCUGAGCCGGAGUUCGUAACUCAGCCGAUAUCCGAAUCUCGCAUCUCGGGGCUUCAGGCUGCCACGAACAUGUUCCCUCCUGCACCGCCAGGGGCGUUUGCGCCGGUCCCCGCACCGCAGGUGCAGCAGCAACGACGAUGA